AUGGAAGACCAAGUCCCCGACGUUCCGCUUGUGUUUAUCUCUAACGCCUAUCUCGAGAAGAAGGCUCAGUCUGUUGAACAAAGACCCAUUCUGUGGGAGGGUUAUCGACGCGCUGGUUUUGUUGGUCAAGAAGAGGUUGACCUUAUCAAAGCAAUCGAUAAAAAAUCAGCAACAGAGAUUCAGAAUGUACUGAAUGACAAAGGUGUCGAAACAUAUGCUUCUCUCAUCUUUUACCUUUUGAAAAACUUAUCCCGACCUGAUACCAUUCAAUAUGUAUGCUUAAAGGCAGACGAAAUCUUGUCGGCUAAUGAGACCAAUGCUCAACACUUUCAUAAUGCCGCUUCCAAAGAUAGUAGUCUCCCUUUUGAACCCUUUCUCAAGCUUCUUGACAAUGAAGACGAAUUUAUAGCACUUGAAGCUUCUAAAGUUUUGACUCUUCUUGCUUGUUCUUCACCGGAACCAACAACCGUCGACCUUUCAGCUUUGUAUGUCUGGAUCACCAAGAAACUGGCUGGCAAUCAAAACGACAUUGUUGAGCUGGCUAUCCAAGAGCUAGAAUCUUUGCUGCGUAUCAGCCAAUACAGAUUACCUAUCUGGAACACUCAAAAUACGGUGAAAGAACUAGUUCAUCGUCUAUCCGUCAACAAGACAGCCUCGACUCCUCAAAUUCAAUAUCAAAUUAUAUUUUGCUUAUGGCUUCUCACUUUUGAAAAGGAAGUUGCAGCUGACAUUAACGAAAAGUAUGAUAUCAUCCCUCUCUUGGUAGAUAUUGCCAAGUCUGCAGUUAAAGAAAAGGUCAUUCGUGUCUCUAUUGCUACCUUGAGAAAUCUUGUUGAAUUAGCUCCUUCUCGAAACUUGGCUACCAUGCUUGUUGUCAAAUUGUUACCAUUUACCGAAAAUCUGAGUGCUCGUAAAUGGUCAGAUGCCGAUAUAUUGGAAGAUAUCGACUUUGUUAAAGAGAGAUUACAAGAAGAUUUUCAAAGCCUCACUACCUUUGAACAAUACGCUUCUGAAGUGGAGACAGGCAAACUUGAAUGGUCACCUCCUCACAAGUCAGAUUUAUUCUGGAAAGAAAAUGCGCAAAAGUUGGAGGAAAACAACUUUCAUCUACUUCGUACCCUUGCCCGUUUACUGAGUACUUCAAAUAGUGUCAUGGUAUUGUCUGUAGGCGCCAGUGAUAUUGGUUAUUAUAUCAAAUAUGCAUCUACAGCCGGAAAGAAUAUCCUUCAAGAAAUUGGUGCAAAGAGACGUAUUAUGGAAUUGAUGACACACGAAGACCAAGAAGUCAGAUACCAUGCCUUAAUGGCUGUCCAGAAAUACAUGCAUCAAACUUGGUAA